AUGCCUGCCCUCUCAAGUACCAUGACAUCAGGAAAAAUCGUCAAAUGGAACAAAGACGUUGGGGAGUAUGUCAACCUCGGCGACAUCAUUAUGACGGUCGAAAGUGACAAAGCAGACAUGGACGUGGAGGCCUUCGACGAGGGUACGCCAGAGGCAGAGAUGGGCCAACCUGCAAAAAAAAAAUCAAAAAAUGAAAAAAUCAAAAAAUCAAAAAACCAAAAAACCAAAAACAUCUAAAUGGGAGAUGGAAGUGAAGCCAAGGUCGGGGACAUCCUUGGCAUUCUGACCACGGAGAAAGACGAAGAAGUGGAAGCUCGUAGUGACGACUCCCCCGCGGGAGCCACCGGGGAGAGGGAGAGCUCGCAAGGGGAACAGAUAGACGCCGUCGCGCAGGGAAGCACCACAGGGAUAGAGGCAGACUCAGUGACAGACUCAGAGGCACACUCCGUGACAGACUCAGUGACAGACUCAGCCCACGCACAGACUGCACAGCUACAAACAGGUGAUCAAAAAAUAUUUGUCCCCUUCGUAAGUAGCAAACGGAACAGAGCGAGGAUAAGUAAAUGGACUCGCAAAAAAAAUGAUUACAUCCACAAGGACGAAAUCCUUUUCCACGUUGAAGACGAUAAAAGUACCAUCGAAGUGGAGAGUCCCUGUAACGGCAUCGUUAAACAAAUAUUCAUCGAAGAAGGACAGUUCGCAGAUUUGGACAAACCGGUGGCGAUCAUCUCCCCCAGAGAGGUACGGCCCGCACGGGACGUCCAACUCGUAAACGAAGAAAACAUUGUGAGGCACUACCAGGAAGCCGUCAGCGGCACCCGGGAAGGAAAGCUUCUGCUGCAAAACAUGAGCGCCUCCGACAAGCGAACCAUGGAAGAGCGGCUCCUUCUAAACUGCGAUAAGUACAACAACCUUUCGGGGAACUUCUUCAGUUCGCAAGACGAUGGGACACCUGGGAAAGGCUCAACAGAUCAGAAGCGGGACACGCCGCCCCCCAAAGGGAGAGACGCCCCAAUUGUGCUGCCCUCCGCAGCGGAGAUGAUGGAACAGAACAAGCUAACCCCAGCAGACAUUAAGUAAAUGAUGCGAACACUAUCCAUUCCAGUGUUCCGCAUCACUCAUUUUAUAAAAACAAACGCUCUCCUAAAACUGUAUGAGCAAGUUAGGGAUAAAAUUAACAUGACUGUCCUCCUGUGCAAGUGUGUGUCCAAUGUGUUACUGAAGCAUCCCAUCAUUUACUCAACCUUCAUCGAUGAGGGGGACGGAAAAAUAUUACUUAACGAAGACGUUCACAUUGGGAAUGCCCUGGGAUUGAAGAACUCCCUCCUGACGCCCGUCCUCAAGCGGGUUAACAAGACGGAUAUAUAUACCCUGGCUGGCGAGUGGAAGAAGCUAGUCGAGAAAGGCAAACAGGGCCUGCUGACUCCCGGCGAAAUGACGGGCAGCAACUUCUACAUCUCCAACCUGGGCAUGUUCAACACCUACCAGUUCGACGCGACACUGCCCCCAAACGUGUCGUGCAUCCUGUCCGUCGGCACCAACAUUGGGAGCGUUGAAAGCUUCGAAGACCUGAAGAUCCAGCGGGGCAUGAUGAUGACGCUGACCUGCGACCACCGCCACAUUUACGGCUCGCACGCGGCUGCCUUCAUGAGCGACUUGGCGACGUUCAUCGAGCGGGACAUCAUGCAGGUCUUUCUGUAG